ACGUAUUUUGAGUUUUGUCCACAAGGAGUGCUACUAUCAAGUCCAAGUGUAAGUCUUACAUUCAAGAACCCACAAAGACCCUCUUUUGGGACCCUCACUUUGUGUCUUUAUCUACACCUUUUUGUCCUUGUUUCUUUCUAGUCCGUUUCUCCUUUCUCCCUCCUUUAUAUUGAUGUCGUCGUCUUCUUCCGCCUCCUCCUCUGCCGCUUCUUCUUCAGCACAUGGCGGUAACGGCAGUGGCAAUGCCGGUACUAGCAGAGGUGUCUCCGGUUCCAGAAGAGGUAGAGGAGAUUUUGAAGGCCCGUCUUCGUCUCGUCAUCGACGUGAGAAUAACGAGGUCUGGCCUGAACCUGUCGUCGAGGCGCUCGCUGCCCAUGUCGCCAUUGAUGCUUUCCAUUCUUUGGGCCGUCUUGCCGCCGCCGUUGCCCUUGCCAAUGUCUUUCAGGUAUGCUCCACGUGGCGGGCAGUUUCGCGGUCCGAUCUUUUGUGGAACCGUCUGACUCGGAUUAUAUGGGGUCGGUCCCAACUAACUCGUGCCACGUGGCGUGAUGAGUACAUCUUCCGUCAUCGAACAGCCCUGAAUUUUCGUAACGGGAGAUCGUUGCAUUCUACUCUCCACUUUGACCCUUCUGACGUGGACUCACCAGUCGGCCUCUUCUGCCGCUGCCUCACCUUGUCGGAUCUCUAUCUCGCCUGCGGAUUUGCAGACGGCACCGUCCGCCUCUUCGACCUUCACACCCGCCUCCACGUCAGCACAUUCAGGCCUCCACCCAAAGACCACUUUGGCCAAUUCUCUCGCGCUGUAUCUGGCAUUAUCAUCUCAGACGCGAGACUUAUUUUUGCCACCAUGGAUGGGGACGUCCACGUGGCAAUAAUCAACGGCGACAUGCACACGUUACCGGGUCAGGUGUUGGACGACGGUGCAUUAGUGGAGUUUACCGGGUGCUCCCGUUGGUGGGUCGGACUUUACGCCGGGGUUCCGGGUCAGGCUUUCCACAUAUGGGACAGUAACACCGAAGAGCUCGUCUUCGUCGGCGGUACAUUAACAGACACAGAAGCGGUGAGGGGCUGGCACAUGUUAGCAGAACCCAUUAAUCCAAUAGGGCGAAUCAGGGUAACGAGUCAGGAGUCGGCGGUGGCGUGCACGAGUCGCAGAGAAAUAGUCUUCGACCUGAGAAACCAAGUCCCAUUACGCGAGGAAGAGCACCGGAGGGGGCUGAUCGAGACCUCAUUGGACGUAAACAGCGAGGCGUACGUGGUGGCGGAAAGUCGCAGCGGCAUCGCUACGGUGCGGCGGGUAGACACGCUUGAGGAAAUAUGCAGGUUUGGCCUAAGGCAGAGGAACGUGAUCGUGAUGGGGAGCAUGAACCAAGGGUACUCGCUAAUGUGCGCGGGGGGUGUGAUACGAGUUUGGGAGGUGGAAGGCGGGCAGUACCUCUACAGCUUUCAGGAGCAAAUCGGCGAUGUCAACGCAAUGGUGGCAGACGAUAGACACGUGGCGGCCGCAGGAAUGGACACGACGAUACACCUAUGGGAUUUUGGGGCAGAGGACUAGGGGGAGCAGGGUAGGGCGUAGGGGCGGGAAAUUGCUGAGGGAGGAGGAGGUUAAUGGUGACAGUAGGUUGACAGUAAGGUGAUGUUAGCAUAAUUUGCGGUCAGGAAAAUGUACUUUUUUAUGUGGAUGGGCGUAUGAUACGCUGUUUUGGGGACUUUUUAGGAUGAAAGUGUGUUGACUUGACUGACUUUUCCAUUGGAGACUGUAACGAAGGGGUUUUUUUU